AUGAUCGAUUGUCACUGUCACUUGGCAGAUGAUGAAUUUUCUGACGAUAUCGACGUAGUGGUGAGACGUGCAAAGGAAGCUGGUGUUGUUGCAGCCCUGGUUUGUUCUGAGUUCGAAGAUCAGUUUGAAAAAAUUAUUCUCUUGUGUGAGAAGUAUAAAGGCUUUUGUUUCCCGUGUAUAGGAGUACAUCCUGUGCAGAGAGAAGGUGCUUGCGUAGAACUGAAGGAUAUUGCUAAUGUUGCAGAUUUUAUUGAAAAAAACGCUGGUGUCGUAGCGGCAAUAGGAGAGGUCGGGUUGGACUAUUGUAAACGAAACAGUUUUACUGAAGACCAGAAGAGCGUUCAGGUUGAGGUUUUAAAGCGACAAAUAGAGCUUGCAAAGGAACUAGACUUGCCACUGCAAUUUAGGAGCGUACAUAGCCGUGAUGCGCAUCGUGCAACCUUGGAUGUUUUAAUGAGUUCAGGAGCAUCUCGAGUGCUUUUGCAUGCUUUCGGUGGUAGUUCUGACAUUGCUAAGUUGGGAGUUGAGGCUGGCUACUAUUUUUCGGUACCUCCUUCCUUCGCCCGUGGUGAUAGAGCAAGAAAAUUUAUUGAAACUAUCCCCUUAACCCAGCUUUGUUUGGAAACCGAUUCUCCUGUGCUCGGAUAUGACAGGGGUAAACGCAACGAGCCGGCUAAUGUUGCUAUAAGUGCGAAAUUUAUUGCUGAAGUUAAAGGGGUUACUUUGAAAGAGGUUCUGAAGGUGACUAAAUUGAAUGCGCUUAAUCUUUUCCCGAUACUGAAACGUUUUUGCAGUGAAGUUUAG